GUAGGUGGCACAGUUGAAAAUGAUUCUGGACCAGUAUUUGACAAGACUCCUAUUGGGAGUGUUUCUGCACCAGGUCUCUUCUUAUCUGAAUUAGAAUGUGCUCGCGCUCUUCGGGCAUACUUGUGUUCUAGGUUCAUUGAAUUGGACAGAAAUAUAAUUGACUUUGGUGAACAUCGCGCCAAUUGUUGUGACAUACAAUAAUCUUUUGCUGAUGGCGCAUGUCUCGACAACGUGUUUAUGCAAUGUUUCAUUGAGUGUGUCCGCGAUGACUGGUCUAAACAUAUUCCUCCACUCAAUGCUCACCAGCUCAUUCUAGAUGUUAAUGUUGGGGCUAUAUUGAACUUUGAGGAGCAGGAGCAACAUAGUAAGUCUCCUCGUCCAUUUGACCCUUCAGUUUUAGAGAGUUACCUAUUGAAGACACUGCCUUCUUUCAAGCAGCUGGAUGACUACAAAUCAAUAAUGGUACCCAUGCUACGAUCUGGACAUUGGACAUUGUAUGUUGUUAAUCUUCAGAUUGGACGCAUACAUGUGUUAGAUUCCAAGCCUUAUGGACCAGAGAUGGGUGGGACUAUCUGGAAAAAUUACCAUUGUAUACCUAUGGAUUUGGGUGAUAGGAAGGUUUCAUGGGUCAGGUUAAUGAUGAGUAGGCUCAAUCUAGCUAUUCAAAAUGCUCGACCAAGAUCAGCUCUCCCUGCUUUUUUGAAGUACCCUAUUGAACUCAUGAAUAACUGCCCAACAAUGCAAUUGGGGUCUAAUGAUUGUGGAUUCUUUGUCAUGAGAUAUAUGCAGAACUACGACUACAUGGUUGGAGCUAUGAAUGCAGUCAUUGAUCCGGAUUAUUCAGAGGACAUUCGCUCUCUUGUACUGCAUUACCUAAUAUUCCAUCGACUAAAUAGAAACAGCUUCGUGGUCUCCCACCUGGACAGAUUCAAGUUCUCUCAGUAGUAGCCUAGUAUAGUUUACUAUCUUAAUAUUAGUAUGAACAUCAUGGUCUGAUGGCUUUUGGUGGCUUCAAGUUAUCUCAGUUCUAGCUUAGUUUAGGGUAGUGUCACUGAAUGGUGUUCAUGUAAAUAUUGGUCUGUUGGCUUAUGUUAGGAUUCAGAUAAUACUUAUGUCCAUAUGCAGCUCUUAGCAAACUCUUAUAUACAUCGUACCAGAU